UCGAGGGGCAAAGGUGGAAUUUACUCGCUAAAUCGGGUGUGGCUCACCCUGUUGAGUAAUUCAAUCGCUAUUGUUCACUAAGCCUGCACUCCCAACGGCGUCGCACCUCGCAUUCCGGCCUCCCCCAGAACCCUAACUGCUGCUCCCUAAAACCUCAAGCUCCGCCGCCGACACCGCUCAUGACGGCGAUCACCCACCGCCUCAUCCAUCUCCGCCCUGUUCUCCGCCCCCACCCAUAUUCCCUCCACCACUUUUCCUCAUCCUCCGAUUCCGGACCCCCCUCCUACGUUCCCCAACCCGAAUCUGAAUCCGAAUCCCGACCCAAGCCCUCAUUCUCCUCAUACUUCAGCGACGUAAAAUCCACUCUCCAAAGAGAGCCUACGCAGCAGAACCGUCCCCAACUUUUCCGCAAGCCCGUCGCAUCUUCCAGCAAUGCGCCGCCUCCUAAACUCGCUUCUUUAGAAGAAAUCCGCCGAAACCUUUCCGAGUUCCGCAGCCGGUCUGCCCCACCACCUCCCUCGUCCGCCUCUGGUCAAUACAUCUCACUUCAAGAGCUCUACAAAAGAAAUGUCAUUGCCAAGAACGAUGAUUCUGCCGCAUCCUCGGAUUCCCCAGCGGCAAAAUCACCCUCGGGCCCCUCGUAUGAUGCCAUACGCGAGAGCCUUCGUCAGCUGCGGGCCAACUCCGCUCUUGCUAAAAAUCAAAGUGAUUCUCGUGGGAAAACCACUGACCCAUUGUCACUUGCUAGAUUUAAGGAGAGUUUGAAGCUGAAACCUGACCAAAAUGGGAACCUUGAAUCCCCGAUGAUCAUUGGCGGAACUAGUGGUUUACCCUCUUUUUUUGGGAAGGAGAAGGAAGGCAGUGAGGAUGAUAAUGUGAGCAGCACGGCAGCAAAGAGGACUGGGUUUGUGAAGAUGUACGAUUAUUCAGAGUUGGGGACGAAGCUGAAGAUGUUAAGGCCAGAAAAGAAGAAAGGGAAAUGGUUUUCGUUGAAUGAAUUAAAUGAGAGGCUUGCAAAACUGAGGGAGAUAGAAGAGAAGGAGGGUCAGGUGACGAUCGGAGGCAUCUCAUUUAAGGACUUGAGGGAUACUCUAGUAUCGUUGAGUCUGGCGGAUGAGGAUAAGAAGAAGAAAAAGAUGCAGAGACUUGAUGUGUUGGGCCAGUUAGGUGGAACCCCAAGCUUUAUGUUGUCAGCACCAAAGGACGAAUUAGUUGAGAAGUAUUUUCAUCCUGACAAUAUGUCAUCUGCUGAGAAACUAAAGUUGGAGCUUCAAAAAGUUAGAGAUGAAUUUAAAAUGUCGGAGUCAGAUUGUGGUUCUGCUCGCGUCCAAGUCGCUCAGCUGACCACGAAGAUUAAGCAUCUGUCAACUGCUCUACACAAAAAGGACAAGCAUUCUCGGCGGGGCCUCCAAGCAAUGGUUCAGAGAAGAAAGAAGCUACUAAAAUAUUUGCGACGAACUGACUGGGAUUCUUACUGCCUCGUUCUCUCAAAGCUCGGUCUUCGUGACAACCCUGAUAUUAAAGCUUAGACAAUCGGCUUUAUGUUCCGUUAGAAAUAGAAUCUUUGUUGUACUUAAACCUCUCUAGUGAAUUUGAGUUCUUCCAAAGUUCCACUCUUCAUGGGAAUGACACAGUUUUGUUUAUCGAAUAUGAGCUUUUCCAUCCAAAUCACGUGAAAACACAGGGAAAAUAUGGGAUUUGUAGCUCCAGAACUUUUAUAUUUCUAGGCAGGCAAUAAAUGUAAAUUUUAUUCGA